AUGCUCCUAGGCUGGGCUGGGGAAAAAGGAAGGACUGGACUGGUCGAAGUAAGCAACAAUGACAACCACCGACAAGGAAGGGUGGAGAAAGCGUACGGAGAUGAAGAAGAAGAAGAACAAGAAGAAGAAGAGGAUAAAAAGUGUACGUACCUAAGUUUUCUUGAGAUCAAAAGUGGUCUAAGACUAGCUUCGGCCCUCCAUAGUCUUCCAAAUUGUUGGUACUAUUCUGCCAUAGAUUCCGGGUGUGUGCUGAUCAACUUUAUUGUCUGCAAGGAAGAGGUUGCAAUCGUUUUCUACAAGGAGGAGGCUGCAGGUGAUCGUUUUCUGGCAACAGAUAAGGGGCAUAAACCCGAUACUCAUUUCAAUAAGACCGGGUGGGCAAAUUUACAGAAAGCCAUGCAAGAAGAAACAGGCAAAGUCUUUACUAAAAAACAAUUCAAAAAUAAAUGGGACAACUUGAAAAAAGAUUGGCAACUUUAUGACCGGUUAAUGAGACUUGAAACCGGAAUUGGUGGGACAAGAAGCUUAUUAGAUGCAACGCCUGAGUGGUGGGAGGAGAAAAUAAAGGUUGAUAAAGACUUUGCCAAAUUUAGGGGCACAUAUUUGUCUAUAUAUGAGACGUAUUACGCUCCUUUGUUUCGGGAUUAA